ACUUCCAAAGAUUGUUAAUAUCCAUUUUCCCCCCGUGCCGGAACAUUCACGGGAACAGAUGAAAACUGCAAGCCCGUGGAUUCAUCUGUUUAAUUUUGAAGUCUGCAAUCAUAUACGAAAGGGCAUUUCCAACGUACACAAUUCCGGAUUUAGAAUGUAUUUCAUAUUGUUUUCAUUUUGUGGCCGCGUUCGCGAUAUUUGUGUACUUUUAACAAUAAAUUCAAGGUUUAGCUUUGGUAUCGAUGCUCCCAAAUUACUGCAAUUGUAGAUCAUUUUAACAUUUCCCUAAAGCUGAUGUGCAAAAUGAAUUUAGGUAGGAGAGUGGUCUAGAGGAGUGAGUGAGUGAGUGGGGCCCUGCCCGCAUUGCAAGAUGUGGCAGCCGCGGCCGCGGCCACUUGCCUUUCUCUCCCCCGCUGUGUCCAAUCUCCGAGCCCGCACAUACUAUUCGUCCCCGGUUUGACAGCUCGCCGCCGAUUGGGACAAAGUAGCAACACGUGUACGGUGGGUUCAGCCUCCCGGCACCCAGGGCGCAUGCCCAGGCCGGCGGGGACCAUUCAUAAACUAAACUCUUACACACUUCCUGAGCGUGGGGAAAAGUGGCCAUAGGAAUAAAAACAGUCAAACUCGGGUGCUGGGAGAGAGAGAGAGAGGGAGAGAGAGACAGCGAGAGAGAAAGAGAAAUGAAUGUUAACAGACACAUUUCUCCACUUUUAUCGUUUCACAACAACAGCAAUUGCAUCUGAUUUAAACAAGAUAUUCUGAAGAAACCAGUUACUGAUUUCCGAGGACUUGGUUGACAUCUGUAUUUUGAUCUCCCUCACUUUUCUCUCUCCCUCCAACCCCUUACAUUCAAUGCACUUGUUUCAAAUUUGCGCCAGUUAAAAACGGAGCACCGGUAAGCAUUGGAUCCAUCAACCUAUUGCGAGACUCCGGUAUAUAGCCCGGACCUGAGUCCCAACAUGAUCGCGGCUCAAGCCAAGCUGGUCUAUCAGCUGAACAAGUACUACAACGAGCGCUGCCAGGCUAGGAAAGCCGCGAUCGCUAAGACCAUUCGAGAGGUGUGCAAAGUGGUCGCCGAUGUCCUUAAGGAAGUGGAAGUCCAAGAGCCCCGCUUCAUCAGCUCACUUAGCGAGAUCGAAACGCGCUUCGAGGGGUUGGAAGUGAUCGCUCCAACAGAAUUUGAGGUAGUCCUUUACCUGAAUCAAAUGGGGGUCUUCAACUUCGUGGACGAUGGUUCUCUGCCUGGCUGCGCUGUGCUAAAACUGAGCGAUGGGCGCAAGAGGAGCAUGUCGCUUUGGGUCGAAUUUAUAACAGCUUCAGGCUAUCUGUCAGCCCGGAAGAUCCGUUCCAGAUUUCAAACCCUGGUCGCACAGGCAGUGGACAAAUGCAGUUAUCGGGAUGUGGUGAAGAUGGUGGCGGAUACGAGCGAGGUAAAACUAAGAAUCAGGGAGCGUUACGUGGUGCAGAUCACGCCAGCUUUCAAAUGCACGGGCAUCUGGCCCAGGAGUGCGGCUCAGUGGCCCAUGCCACACAUCCCCUGGCCCGGCCCGAAUCGGGUGGCCGAAGUUAAGGCUGAAGGCUUCAACCUUCUGUCCAAAGAGUGCUACUCCCUGACGGGAAAGCAGAGCUCAGCCGAGAGCGACGCUUGGGUUUUACAGUUCGGCGAAGCUGAGAACAGGCUACUGAUGGGAGGCUGCAGGAAAAAGUGCUUAUCCGUUUUGAAGACUUUGCGAGAUCGACACCUCGAGUUGCCAGGGCAGCCCCUCAAUAACUACCAUAUGAAGACACUACUGCUCUACGAAUGCGAGAAACACCCCCGAGAAACCGACUGGGACGAGUCAUGCCUCGGUGACCGCCUCAACGGCAUUCUGCUCCAACUCAUCUCCUGUCUUCAGUGCCGGAGAUGUCCUCAUUACUUUCUUCCAAACCUAGAUCUUUUCCAAGGAAAACCUCAUUCCGCUCUGGAAAGCGCGGCUAAACAGACAUGGCGAUUGGCGAGAGAAAUUCUUACCAACGCAAAAAGCCUCGAUAAGCUAUAGUAGAACUUGCAUUCCCAGCAAACCGAUUUUAACAAUUAUUGCAAGGCACAGAAUUGAACUUACUAGAUGAUUAAAACAAAAUACUUUAAAAGAAGCAAAACGGACUUGACGUGAAACAAAUUCAAGGUACAUUUUAAACUAAAUGUGACUGUUUUGUUUAGAUGUUGUCAGCCUGUGAGGAACCUUUAUUUAAGUCUGCACCGUCUUUUAAAGGCCAAGAAAAUUUCAGUUGUGAAAUGUAUUUUGCGUGCCAACCCCGUGCCCCGAAAAGAAACAUGUAAUAAUGGUAAUAAAAGUAUUUACCUUACCUGCA